UCUGCAACUAGAGAUGCUAUGCCAUAAAUUGGACGCCAUUAUCUACUGAUUUAAUUUUUUUUUUUUUGUGUGUGAAUAUUAUACUCUUCUUGUUUUUGUUUUGUUCGGUUUCAAAAUUAUAUAUCUCUCCUCCACUCCAUUCUUCCAUUCUGACGCCAGGUAUCUUUUUACUUUUACAUUCCACGCCAUUAAUUCGCCGCCGGCGAUUCCUUGACGCCGUCUUCCCAUGUCGCGAUCAGACAGCUGUGGCGGCUGCUGCUGCAAGCUCCUCUGCUCGCUCCUCCAGAUCGUCAUCACCGCCGGCUUCGUUCUCUUCUUCUGGUGGCUCAUCUUCCGCCCCCGCCUUCCCCGCGCCUCCAUCCACCAGAUCCAGCUGUCCGCCUUCAACCUCACCGCCGAUAAUUCCACCCUCCGCUUCAGCCUCACCGUCGCCGUCGCCCUCCGCAACCCAAACAAGCGGGUCGGUCUCUACUACGACGCCCUCGACGCCGAUCUCUUCUACGGCGGCGAGCAGAUCCAGUCGGCGCCGCUCCCGGUCUUCUACCAGCCCCACAAGAACACCACCGAGCUCGAAGGGAAGUUCAACGGCAGCGCGGCGGGCGUGGGCGUGGCCGAGGCCUUCCGGGACGAGAGUGCGGGGGGCAGCUUCAAUUUCGAGGUGAGGGUGGAGAGCAGCUUGCGGAUGAAGCUUUGGUUCGUCAAGAUCGGGCACUUCCAUCCCAAGUUCGAUUGCAAGGUAGAUAUUCGUGCUCCGCCGCAGGCUGGCGGCGUGUCGGUGACUAAUCGGACUUGGAACUGCCAUCGCUGAUCCCGGCGGCGGACCGCCGCCUGUCCAUCCAUCGAUCUAGAUUUCUUUUGACUCAAAUUGAAUUAUGCAAUUCGGAAUUGGACGAGCCUGCCGGCGUUGAGAUGGCAUCUCUGUUUGAUUGUUUAAUGUUAAUUGGCGAUUUUUCUACGCAUUGUGUGAGCUGGCAUCGAACUGUCUUCUAUCACUUUAUGAUUGACUUGAGUCUGGUCGUCAUUGUUUAUAAUUUUGUUAUUUUUUAUUUAUUUUUGUGAUGCCUUAUCUUCA